AUGGCAGGCUUCUGUUUGAUUGAUUUGGCUAAGCCAUUUAUGGCUUUCCUUCCAGAGAUUGAGAUUCCAUACGAGAACUUACCUUUCGAUGAAAAGGUUGUUUUCACCUUGACCACGGCUUUGAUAUACUUGUUCAGUCAAUUCCCUCUAGCAGGUAUCAGCAAAGAGUCUGUGGCCGUGAAGGAUCCAAUUUUCUUCUUACGUGGUGUGUUUGCAGCGGAACCAAAGACCUUGCUUGAGUUUGGUAUCUUCCCUCCGGUUGCCACUGCGUUGAUUUUGCAAUUGUUGGCUGGUUUCAAGACAAUCAAGGUGAACUUUAACCAAAGAACGGACAGAGAGCUUUUCCAAACAUUGACCAAAGUUAUCUCCAUUGCUACAUACGCUAUCUUGGCUAACAUCUUUAUUGCAUCCGGUUACUAUGGCGAGAACUUGUCUCUAAUGGCCAAAUUGCUUAUCAACGCCCAAUUGAUCGGUGCUGGUUUCUUCAUUACUUUGUUGGUGGAAGUUGUCGACAAGGGUCAUGGUUUCGCUUCCGGAUCGAUGUCCAUUGUUGCAAUCUCAUUGUCUACCUCCUUGGUUGACGACUUGUUCGGCAUCCAACAAUUCCCUGUUGACCAAGAAGGUCACACCGAACCAAGGGGUGCUAUCAUCAAUCUGCUCCAGGGACUCCGUGCUAAGCACAAGACCUUCACUGGUGCUAUCGUCAAUGCCUUCCAAAGAGACUACUUGCCAAACUUGACUUCUGGCUUGCUUGUUAUUGUUAUCGGUGCCGCCAUCUGUUACUUACAAAACGUCAGAAACGAACUAUCUAUUAGAUCUACCAAGGCUAGAGGUAUGACUAACAUCUACCCUAUCAAGUUGUUGUACACUGGUGGUCUAUCUGUUCUAUUCUCUUACUCCCUAUUGUUCUACAUCCAUAUCCUAGCCUUUGCUGUCAUCCAAUUGAUCGGUGGUAACAAGGAUGGUUCUAUCAUCAACAAAUUGUUUGGAGGUUACCAAGCAACUGAAUUCUUUUACGUUCCAAGAUUCCCAUUGUCUUUGUUGGCCCCACCAACCUCUCUUGCAGCACUAAUUACACAACCAUUGUCUUUGAUCACAUUCCCAGCUUUCUUGAUUGUUACUGGUGUUUGGUUCGCUACCAACUGGCAAGACAUUUCCGGCUCUUCUGCUCGUGACGUCGGAAAACAGUUCAAAGAACAAGAUGUUGCCUUGGCUGGUCACAGAGAUGCUUCUAAGGAAUUGAUUAGAAUUAUUCCUGUAGCUUCCGCUACUGGUGCAGCUGCUUUGGCUGCCUUGGUGUCCGUUGGUGAACUACUUGGUUUGAAGGGUAAGGCUGCUGGUAUCGUUGUUGCAGUUACAAGUGUAUUCGCCAUCUUAGAAAUUGUCACCGUGGAAUUCCAACAAAACGGUAGUCAAAGUACUAUUGCCCAAAUGCUAGGUGGUAGAGUAGCUUAA